GUGUAGUUUCAUUGAGGUAGUUCUUGCUUCAAUGCGUAAUGGCAAAGAAGGGUUUAAUUGCAUGGAUCAAUGAUAAAUUAUACAAACAAAAAAGACACGCCGCCGAAAGAACUUGGAUUAACACAAAAGCAAGAUUGUGAAGAUCAAAAGCAAAGUAAACAUUGAAAGACAAAGCUUUAAAAUAUAGGGCAAGCGUCCAGUUAUUUGAAAUAAUAUUUGGUUAUGAUGACGUGGUAGGCAAAGGUCCCAAGAGUGUUCCGUCAAAAGAUCAUAAUUCAAUUGAUAUUGAGCAAUGUACUUAGCAUAAAAUCCACGUUAUACGCUAAUCAAGGAGAGAAUGAAAAAAGCUAAAACGUCUCGUAAGCCAAGUACUGAUGUAGUACUUCGACAAGCUAUCGAGGACAAUGAUAUUGCACAGCUUAAGUUUGUACUUCGCUUUGAGAAAGAAAAGAUUAAUGACCAAGAUGAAAAUCAAAUGACAGCCUUACACUGGAGUUGUAUUUAUGGACGAGCUGAAAUGGUCGGUAUUUUACUCGAUAAUGGAGCUGACAUUGAAAAGAGAGAUUCAAAAGGAUGGACAGCUUUGCAUUUCGCAGCAAAUGGCGGCUAUCUUGAUGUUGUGGAAAUGCUGUUAGCUUCAUGUGUUGAAGUUGCCGCGACUUCUCAUGAUGGUAAAGUUGCCAUCGAUGUCGCUCAAGGCGAGGGAAUGGUUUUUCUUCUUGCUACUGGUUUUAUUAAAGCUGGCAAAGAGGACUUUUUGUUGAAAUAUUUUAGUGACUCAACAAGUAGUCUUCGCUCUAUUGAAGAAAAUCAAGAAGAAAAUAAUGUCUACAUGUCGCAGCAGAAUUUACUUGCGGCGGAAAUAUGGCGCGCUAGCCAGCAACUUUUACUUCAAGACUUUUCUACAAGUUCUCACUCAAGAGCAUCCUUUAAAAUGUCAACAAGCGAAUACGGAAUUUGUAAAAACGCAGUUAACAGAGAAAAGGAGUCACAAAACGAAGCUUCACACGAUCAAGGAAAACGCUCCACUCUAAUGCCACAGGAUCAACAAAAAGUCAAAAAAGGAGACAAGUUUUUAACCUUACCAAGAAAACAAAAAUUAAAUAAUUUUGACUCAGCAUUCGCGCCGGGUGUUUUGAGACGACUGGCCGUGAGCGAGACCAAUUUAAACCUACCACAUUCGCUUGAUUGCAAUAACAACGAGAAUAACAAUAUGAAUUGCGCGGUCAACACGAAUCAACCAAGCAAUUAUUAUGCGUUGAACUCGGUUGAUUCAGAAGCAUUUCAUACUGCUGCAGAGAGCAUGAUCUAACCUUGAGCUAUUUUUGAUGUUUUUAUAUCUGCUCAGUAAACAGGUUAAUUAAACAUACAAGACAAAGCUGACAAGUUACUUUAGAAAGCUCCUAUGACGGAUUAUCGAAGGAAUGGGAGACGACGACGGAAGAUUGGAGUUUUGCCACACGCGCGUGAAUGUGCCAUCUUUGACAUUUUAUCAAUGUUGCAAUUUAUUUUCAACAUUUCUAGACAUAACAACGUUUGACCAUCUUUGAACAAACACAGCAAGAUAUAGUCUAUACGGCACUUAUAAACAACCUUCAAAAAUAACGACCAUUUUUACUAUAUUUUCUUAGAAAACAUUGUCUCAUAUUUGAAAUAGCUAUAAAUACGUAAGUUUCAAAGAAAUUAUUCCGAAAUGAAAUAUAGUCUUAGGUUUCUCUGAAAAAUUAUUAUUCUGAAAUAAAUGUUUUUUCUAAUGUUUUAUUUGUGAGCCAGUGACAAGCUGACGUACGCGCACGCAAAAAAAACUAGAUGUUCGCUUUUAGAUUAUAAGUCAGUCCAGCCUUGCGAUGAAAGAUGGUGGAAACAGCAAACGUUUUGAAAUGUUUAAAAGUGCGUCGGAGUAAGAAGAAACGCGCUUUAAAGCAUCGAAAUACUAAGAAAGUAGAAUAGCUAUGAAUUGACUUUAUCUCUAAUCUGCAAAUUAAAAACCAAUUUAAAGGCGAAGGAAUGUUCAAGGAAACCUUCGGAAAGUUGUAAAGGAAGUAAUAGCUAAUAAUAUCUUCUGUGCAAACAUACAUGACUUUGUACAAACAAAUAUUGACCUUUCAAAAACACAAUUUUAAAGUAGAUUUGACAGCAAAACUCAAUCUUCAACUGCAAAAUAAAAGGGGUCAGCUUUCUACUCCGAAUUUCGCAUGUGACUUCAGGAGAUAACUGUCGUGGCAUGAGAAAAGCUCUUUGUUUACUAUUUGACAAAUUUUGGAAGAUAUCUAAUAUCUUUAUAUUUUAUAUCUUAAAAAACUAUUUUUUUAUAUUAAUAAACUCGCCUAUGUUAAAUUCAACUUAAUUUUUUUGAGAACAGAGUUGAAAAGAUGUCAUUUCACAAUUUGCAAGCUGCCGUAUUUCUUUCAUUAUUGAUUAUUUAAAGCAAGGAAAGCUUUCAAAUAAUCAUUAUCACCUAAAACAUCUAUAAUUCUAACAAUUCCAUUAAUUUUAGAUACUGUAAAACGCUUAGGCGACAUUUCAUGACACAAAACUUAAAAUUGCGAGAAACGUUUAUAUAGAAACGAUCUGGAAAUUUUAUUAAGAUCUCAUUUGCUAGUGAAAAGCGCCCGCACUCGUGGACGUGUUUAUAACGAUUUUAUAAAUCAUAUUUGCAAUAAAAUCUUGCAAUGAAAUAAA